GGCCGUUUUCCGGCAGCUGCUUUCUGUCCACUCGAGGAGACGUCCCCACGGACUAUUAUGGCCCAAUUCCCGCCUACCGCCUCUGUGAGAAUCAGGCUUUUCCCCGGAGAAAACCCCAAGGAUUUAACUUAGAGAAAACUCCGUUCGCCUUCCUUCACUCCCACCCCCGACCCCGAAGAAACUGAGAGGUCCUUCCCCCUCGAUGCAGAUACACGCACGGCGGCCACGGCCACGAGGCUGCAGUGGGAAAGGGGGUGCGUCCUUGCUGAGAGCGAACGUGGGCGGGGUAGCAGCGCGGGCGAAGAAGUUGCAGGGGAGAACGUGCGCUCUGGGUCACCCAGUUGUUGCCCUGCAAAGGAGGAGGGGGAGUAGCGGGGCUGGGAGAGAUGGAAUUCCCGUAGCCAACUCCCCUGGGAAGAAAAUUAUUCGGGCUCGCUGCGGCGGGAGAAACCCGGGCUGGAGGAGGGGAAGUCCUGCGCCAAAUUUGGGCGCAGGAGCUCGUCCGCCCGGCGGUGAACUCGGGGUUUCUAGGUAAAGUAUUGAAUGCAUCUGUUGAAGUCAAACGCCGGAUUAAGGUGGCCCUUGAGGGAGGCUCAAGGAAACCGUGGCAAGCCCACAAAGGGCAUCACACGUCCUGUUCUCCAAGACUUCUGGAAGAGAGGAGCGGGAAAGCGCCAGGAUCCCGCCCAUCGCUCGGAGGAAUAGGCGAGUCUCCCCGCCCCGCCCCAGCAGUAGUGAUGUAAAGAGGACAAGUCACCGACGUGAGGAAGGGAAAAUAAACAACCAGCCGGGGAGCGGGUGGGGAGGUGGGGAGAGUAGGCACCGAGCAGUCUCCAGCCGGAGGGGCGAGAGGGAGCACUUUCUGGGGAAACAAACCUCGCCUCAAGAGUUGAGUCUGGAGCCCAGUGCUUUUUAGAGGCUCGGAACGCACCUCCCCAGCUUCGUCCCAGUAGACAAAGGGCUGAGCAGGAAAAGCUGCGGGCGGCGGACGGAGAGCGGCUCAGUUGGUGGGUGGGACGCCGCGCGGGGAGACGCCAGCGGGAGGGAUAGCUGAGCCGACUGGCUGCAAGUGCGGGAAGGGGAGGACGCGAGGGAAGGAGCCCGCACACUCGGAGGAGGGAAGGGAGCGAGCCUUGGCAGAAGUCGAAGGGGCGCCGCACGGACAGCAUGCCUUUAGCCAGACGCCCCGCUGCUGGGUCCGCCAGCAACUCCAGCCUGUUGUGGCCGCUGACCACCGGCGAGGCCAACAGCAGUGGGGAAACGGAGGCGCUCGGGGAAGGCGGAGGUCCGCCGAGAGACGAGCGCGACGAGGAGCUAGCCAAGCUGGAGAUCGCCGUGCUAGCCGUGACUUUCGUGGUGAGUGUGCUGGGGAACAGUACUGUGUUGCUGGCGCUGCACCGCACGCCCCGCAAGACGUCCCGCAUGCACCUCUUCAUUCGCCACCUCAGCCUGGCGGACCUGGCCGUCGCUUUCUUCCAGGUGCUGCCGCAGCUGUGCUGGGAAAUCACCUACCGUUUCCGGGGAUCCGAUGGGCUGUGCCGCGUCGUGAAGCACCUGCAGGUGUUCGUCAUGUUCGUGUCGGCGUACAUGCUAGUGGUCAUGACCGCCGACCGCUACAUCGCGGUGUGCCACCCGCUGAAGACCCUGCAGCAGCCCGCGCGCCGCGCGCGCCUCAUGAUCGCUGCCGCCUGGGUGCUGAGCUUCGUGCUGAGCACGCCGCAGUACUUCGUCUUCUCCAUGGUCCAGGUGGACAACGUCACCGAGGCCUACGACUGCUGGGCCAAUUUCAUCCAGCCCUGGGGUUCCCGCGCCUAUGUGACCUGGAUGACGAGCGGCAUCUUCGUGGGGCCGGUGGUCAUUCUCAGCACCUGCUACGGCUUAAUCUGCCACCACAUCUGGCGCAACUUCCGCGGCAAGACUGCGCUGCGCGGAGGCAAGGGUGCGGAGGGCCCCGGCGGCGCCUUCCACAACGGGCUCCUGCUCGAGCCCUGCGUCAGCAGCGUGAAGUCCAUUUCCCGCGCCAAGAUCCGUACGGUGAAGAUGACUUUCGUGAUCGUGACGGUUUACAUCGUUUGCUGGGCACCCUUCUUCGUCGUCCAGAUGUGGUCUGUCUGGGAUGAGAACCUCAGAUGGGUCGAGUCAGAAAAUCCGACCUUCACCAUCACUGCAUUACUGGCUUCCUUGAAUAGUUGCUGCAACCCCUGGAUAUACAUGUUUUUUAGUGGCCAUCUCCUACAAGACUUCAUCCGAAGCUUCCCGUGCUGCCAAAACAUGAAGCAAGCAUUCAACAAAGAAGACUCUGACAGUAUGAGCAGAAGACAGACUUCUUACACUAACAACCGAAGCCCCACAAACAGUAUGAGUACGUGGAAGGACUCGCCUAAAUCUUCCAAGUUCAUCAGAUUCAUUCCUAUUUCAACAUGAGCCCCUCAAUCAUGCAGCUGACUCUUGUAACAGACUUUGGGGCCCAUUGGCUGAAUCCAGCUAGCAGUCAUGAGAACAAAUGAACUACAUGAGAUAAGCAUAAAUCAAUUCGUGGGUACAAGAUUCUGUUUCUUUUCUAUUUGCAUCUUCACAUUGCUAUGACCAAAAGCUAUGAAUUGUUUUAUACAGAGUGGUAAUAAAAAAUAUUACACUGAAA